AUGAUAUUGUUAGUUUUAACGGCCAUUGUGUCGGUGCUUACGGCAACGCUGUACUGGUUGCACCGAAGGAAGUAUCGCUUCGCGGAUAAAUGGCCCACACUCCAGCCAACAUAUCCUUUGCUGGGAAACGCUUUGAUGAUGAUUGGAAAAACGGACGUGGAACGGUUUCAAGUGAUUAAGCGCGCAUUUCAAGUAUCCGAUAGAAUUACGAAAGCCUGGGCGGGACCAAGAAUACUGCUGAUCACCAGUCACCCGGAUCUGAUUCAGCAAAUUCUGACCAGCCAGGAUUGUCUGGAAAAGCCUUUCCUGUACAAUUUUGCAGGAUUUAGCGAUGGGCUUUUCACGGCCAAGUAUCAUAUUUGGAAAGGAUCCCGCAAGCGGUUGAACCCGUCGUUUAAUCAGCGUGUCGUCAACGGUUUUCUGCCGAUGUUUGUGGCAUGCGCCAAAAAGAUGGCGGCCAGUUUGAGUGAGCUCGAGGACGGUGCCACGGUUAACAUGCACAAGUUUACGGGUCUGUGCACGGUUGAGAUGGCUUGUGGUACUAGCUUGGGUAGGAAUAUCAUCGACCGGAAGGGUAAACGGGAGUUCAAACAGGCGUUAGAUACAGCUUCCGAACGAGCCUCAAGAAGAAUGAUUAGUGUUCAUCUGUAUCCUGAUUUCAUCUACAAAUUGACAAAGUAUCACAAAGAGUGCACGGAAGCCAGAAAGGCUGUCGUAGAUUAUUAUACCGAGCUAGUGAUGGAGCGAAAAGAGCUGCUACUAAAGCAAGGCAAUAACAACAUCAGCGAUAACGACGAUGAUAGCCCUAAACCAAAAAUUUUGGUAGAUCAGUUGCUUACUACAAUCAGCGAAGAUGGAAAACCGUAUACUAACAAACAAAUCACUGACAAUAUUUACGCCGUAAUGACUGGGGCCACGGACACCGCCGGUCUCCUGACAGCCUAUUCCUGUUUAUUCAUGUCUUUCUAUCCGGAGAUUCAGCAGCGUUUGUACGAGGAAAUCACCGAAGUCUUUCCCGACGACCCAACCGAAUCGGAUUUUACUCCGGAUAAAAUUAAGCAACUAGAGUACACCGAAAUGUUUUUGAACGAAGUGCAGCGUCACUGGACGGCCGUGCCUCAAAUAGCACGGGAAAACAUUGCCGAAAUCGAAAUCGAUGGAGUUAAGGUACCGCCGGGAACCAUUUUCGUGAUGAGCUUGAUCGAACUGCACAAACGAAAGGACGUUUGGGGCCCGAAUGCGGACAAAUUUGAUCCGGAAAAUUUCACACCCGAUAAGGUCCGCUACCGGCAUCAGUUCGGAUUUCUGCCGUUCAGCGGAGGCCAUCGAAUUUGUAUCGGAUGGCGCUACGCUUAUCCGGCAAUGAAAAUCAUCAUGGUACACCUGGUGCGAAACUUUAAGUUUAGUUCGAAAAUCAAACCGGAAGACAUAUGCUUCAAGCAUGAUUUGACACUAAAGUUGCCGUUCGACGUGCUGGUACAGGUCACGAAAAGGAAUCCAGUCAAAUAA